AUGGCACGUAAUGUAUCAUACAUGCUUAAUUUGUAUCAUACAAGCAAGUAUGUGAUAGAGAAUGGUAGCAUCAACACUUUUUCGAAUAUGCCGGAUGAUGGUUUGUUUGUUGAGAAAAGGUUGUCAUAUGAGGGAUUGCUUAGUAAGAUUUGUAUGACACUUGGUUGGGAUCCAGCACACGUGAAACUCCACCUUUCUUUGGUUUUCGAUAGUCCCGGUGGUAGGCGUAUAGUGAAGAUCAAGAAUAAUUCGCAUGCAGAGUUCAUGAACCGUGUAGAUCUAAUAUCAUUUUUGGAUUUAUACAUAUAUUUGGAAGAUUUCACUCAAGAAGAAAGAGAAGCGAGUUUGGAAAACGUGUCAUUUUGUGGUUUUCCAAGGCGGGAACGUGCUGGUGGGAAUGUAGGUACACCUACGGAGACGCCCCAAGGAGCAGCCCCACCUUUUAGAGAUCAAUUAACAAGCCUGCGUGUUGAAGAUUUUCGGUGGCAACCAUAUGCAAAGGUCCUUUAUAGACUCCCUGAUUUUUGUACACAAGGCCAAGCCAUUUGGACGACCAGGUGUUGGAUGUUCUGUUGGGCUACUAGGGAACCUCACGAGUCGGGCAGAGUUGUGAGACAAUUUGGAUACAUACAGGAUGUUCCCAAGCGCCAUAUGAUUAAAGAUAAUGCAUCAUUUCUUCCCGAUCACGCCCACAGUAUGUCUGGGUAUCCUAGCAACAAUUGGGUGGAUCACCAUUCCGCAGUACGUCGUCAUUGGAAUAGGAGAGAAGAGUACGUGCUAUGUGAUUUGGAGGAAGGAGACCCUGGCUCCGAAUAUGAGAGGUACUAUGAAUGGUUCAUGGUGAACACUGGUGACGUAUUGAACAACAUUCGCGUGAGUUCCGAGAAGUUUAGAGAAAAACGAGAAGAUGAGAAUCUCCUAGACGAAGAACUCGACAAGCAUUUGGACAAUAUCAUCAAUCAAACACAUGUUGCUUUAACCCUGGGUGCAAAUGAUGAGAUGGACGUGGAGGAUACCCAAAUCCUGGUUGAUGAAGAUCCAUCUUUGCCCUCACAACCUCCACCGGGUAAAAAAGCGAAACCGUGGUCGAGAGAUAAGAUUGGAGGAAGAAGAAAGAGGAAGGUCCCAAUCCCCUCUCGGACAUCACAACAACAAACUGAGGGUCAACAAAAUGAGGAUCAAGCACAUUCUUCUCAAGGUUCGCGCAUUCAGGUCGACACUCAAUUUGAAGACAUUCAGUUUGGUGGACAGUCGCAACCACAGCCGGGAGUCAAAUUUCUCACCAUGGAAGAGUCCCAUUCCCAACCCCAACCCGAGCCUCAGUUUGGUGGACAGUCGCAACCACAACAGAGUUCAAUACUCACGUAUCUUAAGAGGGGAGACAGGCUCCGGUAUGGCCCAAAUAAAUACACUCUGGAUGCGCACAAUAAAGGAAAAAGGAAAAAAUGA